AUGUGUUCACCACCACCACCACCACCUCUUCCGCACUCCCACCAUUACUUCCAGUACCUUUUCCUUAUCCUUCUCCUCCAUUAUAACUUCCACCACCGCCUCCUCCUCCAUCACUACCUCGUCCUCGAUCACCCCCUCCUACGCCAUCUCUUUCACUGCCGUCGCCUCCACUGUCACCUCCUUCACUACCACCACCACCAGCGAUCUCACCACCUUCUUCUCCUCCACCAUAUUCUUCACCAUAACCUCUUCCAUUUUCACCUCCCCCUCUACCAACAUCCUCUUAACUACCUUCAGCCAACACGUCUGCCACCACUAACACUCCCUCCAUUAGUUCCAGCACCUUUUCCUUCUCCUCCCGUAUCACUUCCAGCACCAUCUCCUGCAUAUUUACCUCCGCCUUUAUCACCGCCUCCCCCAUCACCACCACCACCGCCACUAAAAAAUCGAAUCUCAGAAGUCAUCCCCACUCACCAACACGAGGACAGAUGUACUUGUAUUCAAAGCCAGAUUUCCAGCAAUGUCAUCCUUCGUGUGAUAACUCUCAACAUCCUCCACCUCUACCUCACAACGAAUCACCCAUCUUCUAACUUCAUGGGAUUUUUCGUGACUUGGGUCCAAGCAUGUUUAAUCCAUGUACAGUUCGUGUCCCAUUUAUCCCAGACUGCACGUUGCGACUUACUUCGCUUGCACAAAGAUGUCACCGAUUUAAGAACCAAUCGACAUCAGCCUCGCUCAAUCAAAUUCGUUUUUCUCAGUGACCUUGAUGCCAUUAGAACCCCCACAGAUAGCCACGGAGACGCCGACGAAAUCAUGCCUUAUUGA